UUCUCGGCCCCUUUUCUUUUAAAACUUUCGCACCGCCCGCGCCCCCGGAGCUGUGCGCACUGUGCGCAGCAGAGUGGAUGAGUCGGUCCCCCGCAGGCCACAGCUCAGGCUCCGGCUCGGAUCCCGCGCACAGAGCGGAGCAUGGCUCUCCUCCACUGGUCGGUUCUCUGCGGGGCUCUGCUGCUCGUGUGGGAGACCCCCCGCGUGCGGCCCCUGGCUAUCUUCCCCCCCGCUGCGCAGAAGAGCAGCAAAGUGACGAAGAUCUUCGACGGACAAGAAGCGUCCAAGUAUUUCAAGGAGUUUCACGCGCCGCCGCCGCCGUCCAUCGACAGAAACAGCAAAGCGACGAACAAAGAUUUGAUCGAGCCUCACGACUACAUGUUGUCCAUUUAUAAAACUUUCUCCACGGCGGAGAAACUGGGGCUGAACGCAAGUUUCUUUCGAUCUUCAAAGGCUGCGAACACCAUCGCGAGUUUUGUGGACAGUGGACAAGAUGACCUCCCACUCUCCCCUCUGAGGAGGCAGCAGUAUCUGUUCGAUGUCUCAACCCUUUCCGAAAAAGCAGAGGUGCUGGGAGCCGAGCUCAGGAUAUACACCAAAGUGUCUGGGAAUUUCAGGAUAUCUGAGACGGACCCUGUCGACAUCCAGCUCCUCUCCUGCCACGACCAGCAGCUGCUCGACUCCAGAACGCUGGACCUGCAGGAUUCCCACAGGCCGAAGUGGGAGGUGUUGGACGUGUGGGAGAUUUUCAAAGAGCGGCAGCACCUGAGCCGAGGGAAGCCCUUCUGUCUGGAGCUCAGGGCCAUGCUGGACAACCCCGAGAGGGAGCUGGACCUGCACCUUCUGGGCUUGCACCGACACGGCAGGCCGCAGCAGAAGAAAGCCAUCCUGGUGGUGUUCACCCGGUCGAAGAAGAGGCAGACGCUCUUCAGCGAGAGGAGGGAAGGGAAGGCGUUGCUGGGCCUGGGGAGGAAGGCCAAAGAGAGGGGCUCGGGCAUCAAGGCCAGCAGGAGGAGGAGGACGGCUGCGUCCAAAACCCGCCACGGGAAAAGACACGGAAAAAAGUCCAAAUCCAGGUGCAGCAAGAAGCCGCUGCACGUCAACUUCAGAGAUCUGGGCUGGGACGACUGGAUCAUCGCCCCGCUGGAUUACGAGGCGUAUCACUGCGAGGGAGUGUGUGACUUCCCCCUGCGCUCCCACCUGGAGCCCACCAACCACGCCAUCAUCCAGACUCUGAUGAAUUCCAUGAACCCCAGCAACAUGCCGCCCAGCUGCUGCGCCCCCUCCAAACUCAGCCCCAUCAGCAUCCUCUACAUCGACUCAGGAAACAACGUGGUCUACAAACAGUACGAGGACAUGGUGGUGGAGUCGUGUGGCUGCAGGUAGUGGAGCCGACGGGUGGUCCACCUUGACCUCCCUCUCUUGUUUGUCUGCGGGUGGUGGGAAUCGAACGGCAUCACAGUCCGUGUGGUGGCCAGGCCGCACCUGAAAGAGGCAGAACUUAACAACAUGGAGACUCAAAGAAAAACUUGUGAUGCAUUUCAAAACCAGUCACGCUUAAUACCUCAAACAUUUUGGUUUUUCUGUCUUAGGAAAUACAAAGUCGCCUUUUCAAGGAGAAACGUCUGGUCAAAUAUUUACUGGUCAGAUAAAAAUCUCAUCAAACUAAAGGAAAGAUGAGAAUAUUUUCCCCAAAAUGUUUAGAUUUCUUUAAAUAAGACACAUUCGCUGACACAAAGAAAUCUGCUCUUACAAAACUAUGCAAAGAAUUUGAACUUCUCAGCCCACAGGACUUUAGCACUACGUUUAAAUUGCUAGGACUAUGUAAAAAACACGAAUACGGACUUGGAUUGAUCAACUAGAUUCAUCAUUUAACAAUAAUUCACACGAUAUGUGGCAGAAUAUAUGAAGUAAAUACAACUAAAACCUCAUAAAUACUGUGUCUCCUUCCCUUCGCAGCAGUUUGACCGUGAGAAAAAUCCUCUAACACAUUACGUUCGAACAAAUCCAACAUUUAAGGACUGAGUUAAAUUGACAGAUUACACUUUUGCAGCCAACGUUUUGUAAUAAACUUCAGAUCAACAGCUUUUCUCCCGUAAUGGACGUCAUCGAGUGACGUCUCUGCCGAGAUUUAAAAGCCGAUUUUUACGCACCUGACGCGGCCUCGGACUCAGGGACUGUCCUGGAUCAGACCUCCGUCAGAACACUUCUCACCAGGUCACUUAUCAUCUUUUUAUUUUCUUUCUGUGGAGGAGAUACAUAAUUUUUGUCUGUAAUGCACUGAUGUUCAAAAAAGGUACCAUGUGUAAAUAUUUGAUAUGGAAGAAAAAUAAUUUAUGUUCUAUGAAUAAGUUAUUGCUUUUUUAUUGUCCGCUUUGUUCCCGUUACAACUUCCAGAUGGCAUGAGUCACACAUCUGGAUGUUCAGGUUCAGAUAAACACAUGUGGGUAAUGUUUUUGUAACCAAACGUGACAGCGAUGUUCUGCUCGCCGACUGUGAAAUAUUAGAGUCGUAUCAGUGUUGAUCACGAACAUAUAAACAGGAAAUAAUUCAUCGCCGAAGGAAAAUACCGUUGCUUUAUGUCUGGUGAAGCCGUUUCCAGGCUGUGCUGUUGUUUUAAACAUUAGAAGCACGUUUUAGCCCCUUUUCAUUUUUAUUUGUUUGUGUGUGUGUUUUUGCAUUUUGUUCUGGAAUCUGAAAAUAAUAUAUUAUACUGAUCGAUACAGAAAGACGGAUGAAUGAUUAUGUGUCAUGUUUAGAUUUGACGUGAUCGUCUCGUUGCUCUCCAGUGUCAAACAUCGGGACACGUUAUUACAGCAGAAAAGUAAAUUAGUAACAUUUUUUUACAGAGUAAAAUAAUCUUUUUAAUUGUUUAACCAAAAUAAUCUAUUCUUAUAAACUGUAUAAAAUAGAAUAAUGGAAAAAUUAAAAAUGUUUUGAGCCUUAUUUUCUUGUUUCAGUCUCAAAUUCUAUGACCCUUCAUUUGUGUUUUAUUCAUUUUACAGUUAACGAUCUAUAUAAUGUGGUGUUUGAUCUUUGUGUCAUCGUAGUAACCUCGACUCUCAACCUGUCUGAAUAUUUGUGACCUGCAGCGUCGAAAGAUAUUCGAGAACUCAACCUCAAACCAUAUUGUUCAGUUUAUAUUGUCCCAUGUGGAGAAUGUGGUUCACACGAUGCCAGAAUAAGAAAGAAGCGAGAGAGAGUAACACACGAUAUCAGUAAAUCAAGUGGUAGCAUUAAGAUCAAAGGGUUGACGUCUCUGAAGCCUCGAAUCAAUAUACGAUCAAUAACGCACGAUGUACGAUAAUCUGAUCACUUUGUGACACUAAGUAUUUUCAGUUGUAAUCUGGAUUGUAGAAUGUGGAUCACGUCUGUGUUUACGUAUCUCCUCUCACGGGACUUAACACAAGUCCUUCCUGUCUCAUGUUUCAAAAUAAGAGCCUUGUGCCUUAAGUAUUGUUUCUGUAACUAAA